AACCUCAUUUAUUCCAUUUGCCAAUACGCAACACCGUUUCCGGGAUAUUCGUAUCAUUUGAGGCUUUGACCCCAACGACGGGUUUUGCUUUGGUUGUCUACUAAGUGAGUGAAUUGCGACACUAUACGUGUAUAUCCGCAACUGAAUGUCUAACGCAAGCAGGAAAUUUCUACUCGUUGAUUGUGCAUUUUCUACGCUUUGCAUAAAAAAUGAGUUAGCGUCUAACUCUUCAGUUAUAGUGACUCUAUCAUCUGGAUAACCGAUACGCUUUAUCAGAAUCAGCUAAAGUGGAGCAUCACGAAAAAUAGGCCGUCACUUACUACAAGAUAUUAAAGAAUGAAAGACGAAGUGAAUGUGGAACUCCACGUAGAACGGGAACCAUGCUUUAAGCCACCACGUGGUUGGGGUACUCGCCACUCACAAAUGCUGUUACUCUUUUUACUACCGUUACUGGCGUACGGAAUGAGAGUCAACAUGUCCGUCGGAAUAGUCGCAAUGACCGAUCCAGAGGCGAGCCUAAAUCCCGAUGUUCCCACGUACGAGUGGAGCGACCAAGGUGUCAUACUCUCAUCGUUUUUCAUGGGAUACUUCAUUCCGCAAGCUCCUGCGGGUAUCUUGGCGAAAAACUACGGCCCUAAAUCGAUAAUAGCGGGGUCGUUCGCGGUAAAUUCGCUGAUGGUAGUACUGGUACCGAUCGUAGCGCCGCUGGGUUCGUGGGCCGUUAUCGUUUGCAGAGCGUUGCAGGGAGUGGGGCAGGGAUUCAUCUACCCUUGCAUACACCAGACGCUUUCGAAGUGGGCGCCCCCUUUAGAAAGAGCUCGGUUGGUUACGUUCGUUUAUUCAGGAGCCAACUUGGGCACGGUGAUUUCGAUGAGCUUUACUGGGUGGAUAUCGGAGACGUGGGUCGGUUGGCCUUGGGCUUUCUACGUUUACGGUGCUGCGGGUUUACUGUGGACUGGAAUUUGGAUUGUCUUCGGACGAAGUAGCCCAGCAGAGCAUGCGACCAUUGAUUCCCUGGAGAGGAAGUACAUUGAGGUUUCAUUGAGGGAGAUUGAAUGCGCGCGCUCUCCUCCGACUCCUUGGAAGGCCAUCUUUACCUCUAUGCCCUUUUGGGCCGUUCUCAUCUCUCAAUUUGGACAAGGGUGGGGUUUCACGAUACUAAUUACAAACAUUCCAACUUACAUGAGUAAUGUUUUGGGAUUUGACAUAAAAAAGAACGGGGUACUCUCAGCUGGGCCGUACUUUGCAUUUUGGAUUUUUAGUCUUCUAUCGGGGGUGAUUAGCGACUAUGUAGUGUCUCGGGAGUACGUAACAGUGGGAUUUGCGAGGAAAUUCGCGAACACAAUAGCACUCUGCGUUCCUGGUAUUGGUUUAAUAGUGCUUGGUCUAAUUGGUAACGCCCAGUGGGACAUAACUGAUGCGGCCGUAAUUCUCUUAUUCAUAUCGGUCGGAUUUAAUGGUAGUUCCACGUGCGGAUCCCACAUGAACCACAUCGAUCUGUCUACCGUCCAUUCAGGAACGCUUAUGGGGAUUGCUAACGGAGUUACGAACUUCUUGGGCCUCUUCGCACCUCUACUACUACAAUUUAUCGUCACAGACGAGAAAGACGCACUUCAAUGGGCUACCGUCUUCUACAUAACCUCGGCGAUUUAUUUUAUUGGAAACACGGUUUUCGUCGUAUUCGGCUCUGGAGAAACGCAACCGUGGAAUAAUGUCGAGAAACGUAGAGGAAAUAGUUGACUAUUUGUAGACUUUUGUAAAAUAAAGUUACGCGUGUAA